GACAGACAAUUUGCCGGGGUGGAACACAGCAACCAUGCUACAAAAUAGUUUAUUUUCAUGAUGCUUCACGCAGGAUCAGCUAUGAAGAAGCCCACCUUGCCUGCAGAGCUGAUGGUGGACAUCUAGUCAGUAUUGAAACAGAAGCAGAGCAAAGACUGAUUGAAAAAUUUAUUGAGAGUCUCUUAGCUUCUGAUGGAGAUUUUUGGAUAGGGCUUAGGAGGAAAAUGGAGGAGGUAGACAAUAGUACAGAAUGUCAGAACCUCUACUCCUGGUCAGAUGGCAGCUCAUCCAAGUUCCGGAACUGGUAUGUAGAUGAGCCAUCCUGUGGGAGUGAAGUCUGUGUUGUGAUGUACCAUCAGCCAUCUGCCCCACCAGGUGUUGGAGGUCCUUACAUGUUUCAAUGGAAUGAUGACAGAUGCAACAUGAAAAAUAACUUCAUUUGCAAAUACUCUCCUGAAAACCUACUGAGCAAGAAGCUUGCCUGCAAUGUUGUAACAGAGCCCUUGAACCCAGUAUUCCCAGAAGAACGGCAUAAGAAAGAUGCUAAUGUAACAGUUGUAGAAACCAAAGAACCUUUUCAGAGUCUUGCCUACAUCCUUAUUCCCGGCGUUCCUGUGCUGCUUCUCCUGAUAGUCAUUACAGCCAUCUUCUGGUUUUGGCUUUUUGUGAAGAGGAGACAGGAGCAAAGAGAACCAAGCCCAAAGGAGGAAGAUGCAUGGCUGUCUAACCUUAGGAGGAACAGUCCAAAUCUGGAUAUUUACAAAGUAAUCAAGAAGCAGUCAGAAGCAGAUCUGGCUGGAACCAGGCCUGAUGCUAAGAAUUCUUCCUUCCGUAUGCAAGAAGAUAAGGUGCUUGACAGCCUCUCCAGGGAUUAUGAUGAUGCAGCAAUAAAUACAUCAACGAGUGGCUUUGUGACAUUAGCCAGUACUGAAAGUGGCUUUGUGACCAACGAUAUAUAUGAGUUAUGUGGAGAUCGUGUGGGGAGGAGCAAGGAGUCGGCCUGGGUGGAGAAUGAGAUUUAUGGAUAUUAA